AUGCAUAAAUUAAAUGCAGUUUUUGUUGGUUUUAUAUUAUUAUGUCAUAAUGUUUUCCAUGCAAAUUCACAGUCUCCAAUUCCUGCUCCGGCGAAUUCUCCGGUGAUAUCUCAUUUUCCGGCGAUUUCUCCGGCGAAGUCUCCGAUGAUGUCUCAUUCUCCGGCGAAAUCUCCAUCACAAUCAACCCACAUUGUCUCUCCUCCACCGUCGGAGCCGCCGUUACCCGCCUCGCCAGCACCGGAAACAUCCCCGGCGCAGUCUCCGUCUUCGCCGAAUCUUGCUCCUCCGACUCAAGCACCGGUUUCUUCGCCACCCAUGAUCGCCGCUGUUCCUCCGGUCGUCGGAAGUUCACCGCCGGCGAGUUCUCCGGCAGAGGUUCCGGCGAGUUCUCCGGCUGAGGUUCCGGCAAUUGCCGCAACCCCGACGGAGAGCAUCCCUUCGAGUUCGGCAACUCCGGCUGAGGCGCCUGCCGAGUUUGUCCCCUCUACGGCGGGAUCACCGAUCGGGUUGUCGCCGGAGGCGGCCGAGGGGCCAAUGCCGCUUGAUGAUGAGUCUGGAUCGGAUGUUAAGUUUGGGGUUGGAGGUGUUGUGUUGAGUGGAUUGGUUGUUUUGGUUGCUAUGGGUGUUUAA